AAUAGCAAAACUAGAAGGAAUAGGAAAAAGGAAUACUACUUGUAAAAGUCAGAGAAAACGGUGGUAGAGAGGAGAGAGAUAAUGCAGGGGGAUUGUGUGAGAAACUGUAAGCGGAAUGCUGUGGUGGAGGGCUCAAGCACAGGCGCGGCGGUGGCGAAGAGGAGGAGAGUUGUUGGUUUUGCUUCGCCAAAUGUCGAGCUAGAGAACCAGCGUUUGUGCAUGGAUUCCGGCGGAAUGAACGCCGGUGACUUGUGCUCGAGUUUUUGUACGGACCAGUUCCCGUCGUCUUGUUGCUCCAGCAAUGAGUCGAGCGAGGUCAUGAGGGACAACUUGAGGCGCUUAGAUCUGGAGGCCAAGAGUUCCGAAACCGUAGACUCAACGUACAUCAAGAGCAAAUUCAGCAGAGAGACGACGCCGUCGAGCGAGCUCUGCGGAGACUCAAACGAAAUGGACUCGCUGGCGGCGAAGACUCCACCGAAGGCGGAGAUCGAGGAGUUCUUCGCAAUGGCUGAGAAGUACGAGCAAAAGCGGUUCGCCGAGAAGUACAACUAUGACAUUGCGAAGGAUGUGCCCUUGGAGGGUCGGUACCAGUGGAUUCGUUUGAAGCCAUGAAUUAGGGGAAAGAGAGAGAGAUGCUAAAGUGACAGUGGGUAGCAUAGAGAGUUUGCAUGCGACUUUUGACUGUUCUUUUGUUUAGAAAAUUUAGGAAGGUGUUUUUCUUGGUUUAUUGUACAGCCUUUUCUUUCUCUACUAGUACUGCUACUAUUACUAUGUAAAAAGAACAAAGCUUUGUACUACUAAAAGAAGCUUCUGUCUCUGCAAACUAACCUCCCUUUUGGAAUGAAACAAAAUUUCAUGUAUAAAAGAAAAUUAAAAAAAAAAAAGAAAGA